CCAGCGUGAUCACCGCACUGUUGGGUUCGCGACUUCUCGUAUUCUCUAGCACGCGAAAGCGAUUAUCUGUUCUUGUUUGGAGGAGUUCACGUACGUCACGAGCAAUGGCGAUCGUGUCGCGGUCGAGGAGGCUGGCGGUGACGCUGCUGCUGCUGCUGUUUGCUGUGGUGGCGGCGGCCGCCGUGGCGACGAAGGCGGAGGCUGGCACGGAGGACGCGGCGAGCAAGGAGGACGAGUCGUGGACGGGCUGGGCCAAGGAGAAGAUCACCGAGGGGCUCGGGCUGAAGCACCACGUCGCCGACGUCGACGAGGAGGAGGACGCCGCGCGCAAGGCCGGCCACGCCGCCAAGUCCGCCCAGCACACCGCCUCCGAGGCAGGGAGGCAGACGAGCAAGAAGGCCGGGGACGCGAAGGAGGCGGCGGAGGCGACGGCGUCGGGCGCGUCGAGCAAGGCUGAGCAGGCAAAGGAGAAGACGAAGGAGGCGGCGAAGGGCGCCGCCGGCGAGGCGACCAGGAGAGCGGAGCAGGCCAAGCACAAGACCAAGGAGGCCGCCGAGGCGGCCGGCGAGAGGGGCGCCGAGGUGCACGAGCAGUCGAAGCAGGGCAAGGCCAAGGUCGAAGAGACGGCCAAGGAGAAGGCCGGCGAGGGGUACGACGCCGCCAAGGACAAGGCCGGCAAGGCGCAGGAGACUCUCCGGCAAUCCACCGACGCCGCCAAGGACAAGGCCGGCAAGGCGCAGGAGACUCUCCGGCAAUCCACCGACGCCGCCAGGGACAAGGCCGGCAAGGCGCAGGAGACGCUCCGGCAAUCCACCGACGCCGCCGCGGAGAAGGCCGGGGCGGCGAAGGACAGCGCGUGGGAGAGGACCAGCUCGGCGAAGGACGCCGCGGCGGAGAAGGCCGGGUCGGCGAAGGACGCGGCGUGGGAGAAGACAAGCUCGGCGAAGGACGCCGCGGCGGAGAAGGCCGGGGCGGCGAAGGACGCGGCGCGGGAGAAGGCGGAGGCGGCCGGCGAGAAGGCGAGGCAGUCCAAGGAGGCGGCGAAGGGGAAGGCCGGCGCGGCGAAGGACGCGGCGUGGGAGAAGGCGGAGGCGGCGAAGGACGCCGCGUGGGAGACGGCGGAGGCGGCGAGGGAGAAGGCGAACGAGGGGUACGAGAAGGUGAAGGAGAAGGCGAAGGAGAAGGUGGAGGAGGUGAAGGAGCGCGUCACCGGCGCCGACGACGCCGCCGAUCACGGCAAGGAGAAGAAGCAUCACCACCGCCACGUCGACGGCAAGCAAAAGCCCCGCACGGUCGACGAGCUCUGAGCUAGCCGCCGGCGUACGGACACCGAUUAGCCCAUGUCAACAUAGCACUUUUCAGUGAUGUUUUUCAGUGUGUUUGCUGUAGCUCUCCACACGAUGCCGUUUUCUGUAUGCUGUUGCAUUUUGUACAAUAAUGUGAUCUUUCUGUAGAGAACUUGUUUGUAUUCUGUAGAGAACUUGUUUGAAACAAGUUACUGUGUUUUUCCCACUGAAACUUCACUCAAAACUGAAUCUUUUGCUGUUUUCCA